AUGAUGCACUGCCCUUCCCUUCUUCUCGCCAUCGCGGCGAUCCUCGCCUCGGUCGUGGACGCUCAUACCAUCUUCACGACGCUGUUCAUCGACGAUGUAUCUCAAGGCGACGGCACCUGCGUCCGAAUGAACAUGGACCCGCAGCAAUGCACGAGUCCAGUCUCGAGCCUGUCCAGCGACGACAUGGCUUGCGGAGCAAGCGGCGAACAACCCGUUGCCUUCGCCUGUCCUGCCCCAGCCAGCCAAAAGCUUACCUUCCAAUGGCGAACGUGGGCCGACGCAGAGCAGCCGGGAGCAUUGGACCCUUCGCAUAAAGGUCCCUGCGCCAUCUACGCCAAGCAGGUCCAAGACAUGACCAGUACCUCCGCCGCCGGACCGGGCUGGAUCAAACUCUGGGACGAGGGCUACGACGCCUCCGCGGGCAAGUGGUGCACCGAGAAGCUCAUCGCCAACCACGGUCUGCUCUCCUUCGACACCCCGGAAGCGCUGCCAGCCGGCACCUGGCUCUUCCGCCCCGAACUGCUUGCCCUGCAUAACGCCGUACAGGGUGACCCGCAGUUCUACGUGGGAUGUGCACAGGUGUUCGUCGAGAGCAGCAAUACGGCUCCGCUCGCCGCGCCCGACGAUAGGAGCGUCAGCAUCCCGGGCCACGUACAGGCCGGCGAUCCGGGUCUCACCUUCAACAUUUACGCGCCGAAGUUCCCCUACACCAUGCCCGGGCCACAAGUCUACGUACCGCCGGUGCCCAAGACAACUAUCUCGACAUCAGGAGCCAAAGUCCUACAGCAGACCGAGGGCGUCGUGCCCGCCAACUACCUCAUCAAGAACGCCAACUGGGUUGGCACCGAGCUCGCGGACUAUGCAACGGAAGACGGCUGUUGGAACGCGUCCGAAGCCUGCUGGGACCAGGCCGCCGUGUGCUACGACUCGGCGCCGCCGUCGGGGAGCGCAAACUGCCGUGUCUGGGAGACGAAGUGCGAGGGCAUACAGCAGGACUGCAGUGCUGGAAACUUUGUGGGGCCGCCGAAUAAGGGGCAGAAACUGGUGAGCCAGGAGCCCGCGUCGCCGCCGAACCUCCCGGAUGCUAGGAAUGCUCGCUCUUAG